AAUUUAUUAUUAUAACUUUCUUAUAUCAUUUGAAUAGUCGGUUUCUAUUCAAUUGCAAUCUGUUAUUUGAAUCUAACACAUUGUUACUUUUGCUUACGUAAAAGGUUAUAUUGUUGGAUGUGUUGCUGGUUGAAAAACUUUAUACAUUUCGAUACUUAAUCAGCAAAAUGUCGAAGGAUAUAAUUGUUCUAACUCCAAACGGGCGUAGACAGAAAAUCCAAUGUUCUCCUGACACUAUAAUUCUCCAGGUAUUAGAAGAUGUAUGUGCUAAACAAGGUUUUGAGGCUACAGCCUAUGAUUUAAAGCACCACAAUACUGUUCUGGACUUAACAACCACAGUUAGAUUCUCCAACUUGCCCAACAAGGCUACUCUUGAAAUGGUUGAGGCUGAGAAGAGGAGACAAGAAACUACUGUCACAAUAGGUCUUUUACUGGAAGAUGGUGAUAGAAGGACUGCAGAUUUCCCACCAAAUACAUCAUUAUAUGAAUUGAUCACAUCACUUGCUCCAUCAGCAUUAAAGUCUUUAGAAAAUCCUACUAUUUUGUAUAUGCGUCAAGAGGUAACUGGUGUUCCUGCUCUUAAAGAGAAGACAUUGAGAAAAAUUGGGCUCCUGGGGGGUAGAGCCAUAUUGCGAUUAUUGAAUAAAGCUGAAGAUGCUAAACAAGCAAAUGUGUCUGCUGUUUAUCGACGGCCACCAUCAGACAAGCAUGAAGACAGAGAGCUUGUCAGAGCUGAUCCAGUACCCACAACAUCUACAAAAAAAGAAGCAUCUCCAGGCCCCUCAGCUGAACAAAAAACAGACCCCAAGCAAUUUGAUCCAAUUACAAUGAUAAAGGCAGCCAAACAAAGUCCACUGGAGACUGAAAAGAAAUUUGAAAUUAUUGAGAUAGAAAACAAAGCACAUGAAACAAGGAAAAAAGAAACUGGAAUAAAAAUAAAUGAUAAUGAAUCUCUUGGAGUGCCUUCUACUACAACAACUGUAGAAUCACAAGAAAAACUAGAAAGAAGACUGAAAAUAGAAGAGGAGGUUACAUUUUUGGGUGCACAGAAAGCAAUAGCUUUCAUGCAGCCAGAUAGCGCAGAGGAUGAGUUGAGUGACCUACCAGAUGAUUUUUAUGAACUCACUAUUGAAGAAGUUCGCAAACUAUAUAAAGACUUACAGGAGCAACGUUUGGCAUUAGAAAAUGAACCCCUGAUUACUUCAGCACAAAAACAAGAUAUACAAAAAAUGACAUCAGAACAAAGGUUAGCAGCUUUCAAGAAUGUUGUUGUCAGAGUGCAGUUUCCAGAUAAUAUUAUACUUCAAGGAAUUUUCUCUCCUACCAAUACCAUAGGAGAUGUUAUCAGUUUUAUCAAAGAACACCUUGAGGAGCCCAAUAGACGUUUUCAUAUAUUUACAACACCUUUGAAAGAGGCCCUUGAUCCUAAUAUGACAUUACUUGAAGCAAAAUUUGUACCGUGUGUUCAUAUGCACUUCAAAUGGCUGGAGGGUAUGGGAUCUAAGACAUAUCUAAAAGGAGAAAUAUAUACAAGGCAGACUUCAAGUGAAGCUGCUAGCAUGUUAGCUUCGAAAUAUAGGGCAAGCAGGCGAAAAAUAGAAGAAUCACCACAAACUUCACAAGCAGGCUCAUCUACAUCUAAGAGCAGUAAACUACCAAAGUGGUUUAAGAGAUAAUUUUUAUUUAUUUUCUGGUAGAUUUUCUGUCAUAUUACUAUUUUUAAUCUUCAGUAACCAUGUAUCUUUAGUAUUGGGUGGCAUAAUGAGGAGCAAAACAGUUAAAAUGUUUUAAAUCACUUGUUUUGCUCAUCAUCAUGCAUGUUUAAAUAAUUUUACAUACAAAUAUUGUUUUAAUUAAAA